AUGGCGGUUCAGGACAGGAGCGUCCUCGUCCUAUACGGAUCCGAGACAGGCAAUGCUCAGGAUAUGGCUGAAGAGCUGGGGCGAGUGUGUCAAAGACUUCAUUUCAAUAGUCGCGUCGAGGAACUCGAUGCAGUAGAUUUAAAUGCUCUUCUCCAGUCCAAGUUUGUGAUAUUCGUUAUAUCAACCACUGGUCAGGGAGAUAUGCCUCACAACUCAUUACUUUUCUGGAAAAGACUACUACGCAAGAAACUGCCACCAGGAUGUUUAGCUUCACUUAACUACACAACUUUUGGACUAGGUGAUAGUACUUAUGUCAAAUUCAACUGGGCAGCUCGGAAGUUGAACAGGCGUCUUGACCAACUCGGUGCUACAACCUUCAUUGAUCCUUUUGAAGCCGAUGAGCAGUUUCCAGAUGGUCUGGAUGGGAGUUUUGUGCGCUGGGCUGAGCGACUUCAUAAUCAUUUCCUCGAGCACCAUCCUCCACCCUCUGGUCUUGAGCCUAUCCCGGAUGAUGUUAUUCUUCCUCCCAAAUGGUCUCUCGAGAAGCCCCUCGAGAAUAGUACAGUUACCAACGGUCACACGUCACCACUAAUUGAAAACGUCCCCCCUUCCUCACCACUCCCCAUCCCUGAUGGCUGGACGGCAACGUUGGUAGGAAACGACAGACUUACACCGGAGAAUCACUGGCAAGAUGUUCGCCUCAUCUCAUUCGAUAUCCCUAAACGAGAUGGUGUCAAGCUUACCUGUGUUCCUGGAGAUUGCCUCACUAUUUACCCCAAAAACUUCCCUGCGGACGCGCAGAGGCUCAUCAACCUCAUGGGAUGGGAAGAUAUUGCUGACAAAACUCUUGAUCUUUCCCAAUGUGAAUCUCUCCCAACAAACCUCUUCAUAGAUCACAAGUGCACAUUGAGAGAUCUACUUUUGAACAACAUCGACUUUACCGCCAUUCCUCGGAGAUCAUUUCUCAAGAACAUGUCCUACUUCUCUACAAACCCAGAUCACAAGGAGCGUCUACUUGAGUUCAACAUGACUGAGUACCUAGACGAAUACUUCGACUACGCCACAAGGUCUAGACGGUCUAUUCUCGAAGUCCUUGAAGAGUUCACAUCCGUCAAACUCCCAGCGGAACGACUCUUUGACAUAUUUCCCCUUAUCCGCGGUCGAGACUUCAGUAUUGCUAAUGGUGGUGUUCACCAGAACCACCCCACAGAUGAGAACAAGACCCGGAUCGAACUCCUCGUUGCACUGGUCAAAUACCGAACAGUCCUUCGCAAACCUCGUGAAGGUCUUUGUUCUCGCUAUCUUGACAACAUUCCUAUCAACUCAACUCUCACAGUCACUCGCAAACCUGUUCUUUCACCAAUUCACGGCGCGCAAAACGCUCAACGUCCUCUGGUGGCCAUUGCCACAGGUACUGGUCUUGCUCCCAUCCGUGCCCUUAUUCACGAGCGCCUCACACAACCAUCACCGGGUCCCAUGCAUCUAUUCUUUGGGAACCGUAAUCGUGAGGCCGAUUACUUUUUCCAGCAAGAGCUCGACGCUCUAGUCCGCGAUAAGCAACUGAAUGUGUUUCUGGCAUUCUCGCGGGAUCAACGAAAUAAAAUUUAUGUACAGGAUCGGCUACGGGAGGAAUCCAAGAGGAUUGAAGAAGUGAUUUUCGAUAACGGAAUAUUCUGCGUCUGCGGUGGCUCAACUAAGAUGGCAGAUGCUGCCAAGAAAGCCGUUUUUGACCCCUUUUCAGAGGACGUGAAAGGUGUUGAAGAGCGCAAGAAGAUGUUGGCUAGUUUGACAUGGUGGCAGGAGAUAUGGUAG